AUGACUCUCAUUGGGUAUACCUCUCGUGAAAGCGCAACAAAAGCACUUGAGAAAAUGAGUGGCAAAGAAGUGGAUGGGCAAACUGUGCAGGUUGCUCCCGUCGAAGAAAAGCAGGCAGUAGCAGGGAGCAAGAAUUCGGAAACCACAAAAGAAACGGAACGAAGCCCAUCUGAAGAAAGAAGAAAAGAUACAAGUCAUAUAUUUAAUGGCAUUUACUUAGAAGCUUUAUUUGUUGAUCUACUGGUUGAUAUUUUAAUGGCUUCAGUUAUAUUUCUCAUCAGCCGAUCGCGUACUAAUUCGGGAUCGUCAGCCGCAUCAGGUGACGAAGAGAAGAAAAAUGGCAGUGUUGACGGUAACGAACGUUCAGUAAUGACUGAUAGCCAUAAGAAAGCAAAGAAUGGCGAGGAACAUAUUGGAAACGCAAUUACUGCCAACACGAGAAAUGUUCUUUUUUUUUCAAAUAUUUCAAAAUUUUUGAAUCGCAAGCGUGCAUCUGGUGCAAAUGAAGACGGUGAAAAGAAUGGUGACGAUUCAGAAACGAGCAAUGACGCCGUCACGCCGGAACUAAAGAAAAAGAAGAGUGAUACAGAGGAGACUGAAACGACAGAAGUCGACUCUACCGCAGCAGUUGGUGCUGAAUGA